UUUCUAGGCGAGCAGUUGGACACAACAGAGCGACCAGAAGCGAUUCUGUCCGAACUCUUUAUGGGUCUUUAUCCAAACUUUGUGUGAACUUCUACGGGCCGUCAGGUUGUUUUAAGUGGUCAAAGACCGGUAGGAGCGAUUCUAAUAGAGUUUACCCGAACUUGCCUGAACAUCUAACCGAACCUCAAAGUGUUUCAGAAGGUUAAAGUUCAGCGGGAGUGAUUUUGACAGACAUCUACAGAAUUUCUCUCUGAAUUCGGGAGUCGGAGCGGACGUUUCCGUGGGGAGGAUGUCCGAGUAGCCGGUCAGGAGACCGUUUGCUCCAGCCUGGUUCUGAAGCUCUGCCCGGGACAUCAUGGAGGCUGUCAACGGGUGGAGUCCGCAACAGGUGGAUGACUGGAUGAGAGGUCUGGAUGACAGUCUGCAGCAGUACAUCCCAUCCUUCCAGCAGCAGCAGGUGGACGGGGAGAAGCUGCUCAGGAUGACCCACCAGGAGCUGCUGUCUCUGGGCGUGGUGCGGGUCGGACACCAAGAGCUGGUUCUGGAGGCGGUGGAUCUGCUCUGCUCUCUGAACUAUGGUGUGGAGGCGGACAGCCUGAAGAUUCUGGUGGGGACGAUGCGCACGGCACACCACAACCUGAGCAGCGCCGUGAUGCAGCGCCGGAAGAACCCCGAAUACCAGAACAAGAACUCCCAUCAGCCCUCCAACGAGUUCCUGAGCGCCGUGGUGGAUCUGAUCGCGGCCGCCAAGAGUCUGCUAGCCUGGUUGGACAGGUCUCCUCUGACAAGCCCCAACGACUUCACGUCCACCAGAAGCAGAAUCAUCCAGCUGUGCCUGGAGCUCACCUCCACCGUACAGAAGGACUGCACCGUGUAUGAGAUGGAGGAGAAGAUUCUGGAGGUGUCUAAGGCUCUGAAUGCCGUCUGUGAGAAGACCGUCCAGGCAACCUGUGACCCCUCGAAGAGAGAGACGUCCUGCCUGGAGGAGGUUCACAUCACCAACAUCAGGCCUGGAGAGGGACUGGGAAUUUACAUCAAAUCCACCUACGAUGGACUUCAUGUCAUCACAGGAACUACAGAGAACUCUCCUGCAGAUAAAACUCAGAAGAUUCACGCUGGAGAUGAAGUUAUUCAGGUCAACAAGCAGACAGUGGUGGGCUGGCAGCUCAAACACUUGGUGGAGAAGAUGAGGACGGAUUCUGGAAGCAUCACCUUGGUGGUGAAGAAGAGGCCGUCAGGAACUUUGGGAAUCGCAGCUGCUCCGCUGAAAAACCUGCGCUGGAGGCCGCCGCUUGUACAGACGUCUCAGGGCGCUCCCAGUCUCUACAGAUCUCCAAAAUCUACAGAUGCUCCAGGGAGGAAAGGGAAGACCACCAUCCUGGAUCUGUACAUCCCUCCUCCUCCAGCAGCUCCAUACGUUCCUCUGGAGAAAAAUAUCGCCUCAGUCGGGAAAACACAUCCUGUAUCUCCAAACUCGUCUCUGGAUGCAGACGUUCACCAACAUCUUGCUGAGGAUCCUCCUUCUGAAGUCAAGCAGCUGGUUCCGAUCCGCCUCAGACAGCGUUCCACUUCCCGCUGUAAACCUCGGCCCGUCUCCAUGCCGGUGGACUCCAUCCUGGGAGUAUCCGGCUCUUCCUCCAAACGUAGAGCUCAGGGAAGGAAAGGUAGAGAGGACCCGCACAGGUACCUGAGCAACGAACGGAUCAGCACCAUCACCGAGGAGGAGCCGUGCUUCCCUCUGCCAUACCGAGGACACCCGUCUGUCCGCGGCGUCGACCACAUCAGAGGCAGCCAGUGCUUCGUCAGCACCGACCUGCACAACAGCGCCACCAUGCUUUACCAGGAAGCAGCUGCCAAGAAGUCUCCUGCAGCUCCGGCUCCUCAGACCAGAUCCAAAACGUCCACGUCUCUACUUGGAGGCUGGUUGGCUCGUCUGAGGCUGCUCAGUCACUGAGGAGGAAGGAAGGUUCCUGUGGUUCAUUAGCAACACAAAAUAAAGAGAAUCUUCUUAACUUUGAGCUUUUCAUCUCAAACAUGGUCAGUUGGUCAGAAGACAUGGCCCAGGUGUAUGCAGGAACCUUCAAGAACUGUUUGAGAUCCCAAAGGUGAAAUUCAUUCAUGCUGAAGCUGUAAGGAGCUCCCCUGGGGCUGGGUUCAUCAGAGAACCCUGAGAAGGUUUCUAGCAGAGCUUUAUGUUCCCUAACAAGUGUUUCUGCCUCGUGUUCCAACACCUAACAGAACCUUCAGUCUCCCGUUCUACAGUUUUUAAUGUUGUUUUAGUUCUUGAGACCUGGUCCAGGAUCAAUGUAUGGUCUCCAGGGACCUGCUGUUCCACCUGCACACUCAGAUCUUUCAGGAUUUAAUGUUUGGUCAACCAGAGGAACCUGAAGUACCACCGAAGUCUUCAACUUUGUUGAAACUUUCAGACAAACAACUUUAAGUCUCUGCUUUCUCCUGCAUGGAAACAUCUUCAUUGUUCUGCUGAAGAGGAGCAGAGUCAUGAGAAAGAUCGGUGGAGAUAUCCAGAACAGGUUUUUCGAUGUCUGCUGGGUUUUAACCUGAACUUUGACCUCAUUUGUUCUAUUCUCUGAAGCCUUGAUUAAGUUUCACUUAACUUCCAUCAUGAUUUUCAUUAGGAGCUGCUGUUCCCUGCUGCUGCUGUUUAAGGAAUCUGCUGGUUUAUGCUUCAGUGCGUCUGAUUGGUUGAUCAUGUUGUUUAAUGUCUGUUAAUAGAAAACGAUCAGAAUAAAGUGGAUUUUAUAUUUAAAUAAA